AUGGUUUCUAAUAAGAUGCAGUCGUCAUUAGACGACUUAGUUCAAUAUACACAGUUAUUUAAGCCCGUGGCUACUAUUUUACAAGGAACAAUACUGCCUUUUUUGAUAAUCUACCCGAUUGUAUUCUAUUGUUGGAUCUUCGUGUAUGGUUUUAACGAAAACUUUGAAGCGGGUUUUGUGACUGUCGCUAUCGUAGCGAUUAUUCAGAUUCUCAUUUGUCUCUGUUGCUAUUGGAGUGUUCAUAUAAACUGCUUUCUGUCUUGUUCACCUGUUAAGGACCCCUUACAAGCUUCAAUUGUGAAAGUAGUGCCUACCUCGAAUAAUGGAUUCUCUGAAAUUGUUCGUCUUCACCAUACCAAGUCUAUGAAUAAAAGUGAAACUAAUCCAGAUGUUUGGUUUAUAUUUCAAAAAAGUAAAUAUGUUUACGAUUGGGACAAGAAAACUUUUAAUACAGUUGUUUUCCCUGUUGACAAGACAUAUGAAGAGUAUAUUGAUUCAAAAGGCCAUGAUGAUGAAACAAUUUUAGCUGCAGAAAAUGAAUUUGGAAAAAAUGAAAUGAUAAUGGUUGUUCCCGAGUUUAUGGAGUUAUUCAAAGAGCGAGCGACAGCUCCGUUUUUCGUGUUUCAAGUAUUCUGUGUUGCACUGUGGUGCCUUGAUAAGUACUGGUACUAUUCCAUCUUUACGCUAGUCAUGUUAGUGAUGUUUGAGUGUACUCUAGUACAACAACAACUGCGAAAUAUGGCGGAAAUAAGAAAAAUGGGAAAUAAACCAUACAACAUCAAUGUUUAUAGAAACAGAAGGUGGCGACAGAUUGUUAGUGAUCAACUCCUACCAGGUGAUAUUGUCUCACUAACGCGCUCUUUAAAUGACAACCUAGUACCAUGUGAUAUAGUUUUAUUGAGAGGUUCGUGCAUAGUUGACGAGUCUAUGUUGACUGGUGAAAGUGUUCCCCAAAUGAAGGAACCAUUGGAAAACGAGAGUGACUUGAAACAAAAUUUAUAUGUAGAGGGCGAUGGUAAAUUACAUAUGUUGUUUGGCGGGACCAAAAUAGUUCAGCAUUCGUCACCAAACAAAAACGUAUCAUCUGGUCUUAAGGCUCCCGACAAUGGGUGCAUAGGUUACGUUAUCCGCAAUGGGUUUAACACGUCACAGGGAAAGCUUUUGAGAACUAUACUUUUUGGAGUCAAAAGGGUUACUGCCAACAAUCUGGAAACAUUUGGCUUUAUAUUAUUCCUUUUGAUUUUCGCCAUCGCCGCUGCCUCAUACGUUUGGAUAAAAGGUUGCGAGGACCCAGAGAGAAACAGAUAUAAGCUAUUUUUGGAAUGCACUUUGAUAUUGACUACAAUCGUGCCUCCUGAAUUACCGAUAGAAUUAUCCUUGGCUGUUAAUACUUCCUUGUUAUCUUUGUCAAAGUUAGCUGUAUUUUGUACAGAACCAUUUAGGAUUCCAUUUGCGGGGAAAGUAGAGAUCUGUUGCUUUGAUAAGACUGGUACGUUGACUAGUGACAAUUUAGUGGUAGAGGGAGUGGCGGGUAUUGGGGAACAUAAAGACGCUACUGUCAUACCCUUAUCAGAAGCUCCCAUGGAGACCAUACAAGUUUUGGCGUCAUGUCAUUCCUUAGUACAGCUAGAUGAUGGAGUCGUAGGAGAUCCUUUAGAGAAAGCUACUUUAAAAGCUGCCGAGUGGAAUCUCACUAAAGGAGACGCUGUUGUACCUAAAAAAGGAAAAUCACCAGGGUUAAAAAUUGUUCAUAGAAAUCAUUUUUCAAGUGCACUUAAAAGAAUGUCGGUUGUAGCGGGAUACCAAGUUAAUGAAAGAGGUUUUAUGGAAAAUCAUUACAUAAGCAGCGUCAAGGGCGCCCCAGAAACAAUAAAAACUAUGCUGAAAGAAGUUCCUAGCCAUUACGAUCACGUUCAUUUGACGUUAUCGAGACGGGGUGCGAGAGUAUUGGCUUUAGGUUAUAGAAAUUUGGGUAAAAUGAGUUCUCAAGAAAUUAGGGAUCUAUCUAGGGAAGAGAUUGAAUCUGAUUUGACGUUUGUUGGCUUCGUUAUAAUCUCGUGUCCACUGAAGAGCGAUUCUAAAAAGGCAAUUACCGAAAUUAUCCAUGCAUCACAUUCCGUAGUUAUGAUAACUGGCGAUAACCCUUUAACGGCGUGCCAUGUCGCCAAAGAACUUAGGUUUACUCAAAAAAUAGAAGUUCUUAUAUUGACCGAAAAUAAUAAUGAAUGGAAUUGGACGUCCGUUGACGAAGAACUUAAACUUCCUAUCAAACCGUUUAAAACACCAAAGGAAUUUACCAAAAAUUAUGACUUAUGUAUAACCGGGGAAGGUCUGGCAUAUUUAAAUGAAAACCAUCAUAAAUUUUUCCUAGAUAUUAUACCGCAUGUAAAAGUUUUCGCCAGAGUUGCACCGAAACAGAAGGAAUUUGUAAUAGUUACUCUAAAGUCCCUUGGCUAUUGCACCCUUAUGUGUGGCGACGGUACUAACGAUGUCGGUGCCUUGAAACAUGCUGAUGUUGGUGUGGCUAUUUUGCCGAAUGCUCCCGAACGUGCCCGGGAGCGUAGAAUUGAAGAACGUCCAUCGGAACCAGAGCCUCAACGUCGACCGAGGGACCCGCGCGAGGCGGCCAGGAUUGAAGCAUCAGCACGAUUAAAAAGAGCCAUGAAGAAACUACAAGAGGAAGACCCAUUACAACUGGUUAGAUUAGGAGAUGCAAGUGUCGCUGCACCGUUUACAAGUCGUCUAUCUAGUAUACUAUGUAUCUGUCACAUAAUAAAGCAAGGUAGAUGUACGCUGGUGACAACACUGCAAAUGUUCAAGAUUCUGGCUCUCGACGCGUUGAUAUUGGCAUACAGUCAGUCAGUUUUAUACCUGGAUGGCAUCAAAUUCAGUGACACUCAGGCAACCCUACAAAGUCUUUUAUUGGCCUCCUGUUUUCUCUUUAUAUCUCGAUCGAAGCCAUUGAAACAACUUUCAAAACAGCGUCCUCUACCGAACAUCUUCAAUGUUUACACUAUAAUGACGGUGCUAACACAGUUCUCAGUACACUUCUUGUGUCUUGUAUAUUUGGUUAGUGAAGCUAAAUUGCGAUCACCCGAAAGGGAUAAUAAACCGAAAUUGGACAUGGAUUUAGCUGAGGAUGAAGAGCAUGUAUUCAAGCCUGAUCUGGUCAACAGUACUGUGUAUAUUAUAUCAAUGGCGUUACAGAUAUCAACAUUUGCAAUAAACUAUAGAGGCGAGCCAUUCAUGGAGGGUCUUCGUGAUAACAAACCUCUGCUAUACAGCAUCGUCUUAUCCGGAGGGCUGGUAUUUUCUUUGGCUACUGGUGUGAUGCCGGACCUCUCCAACAUGUUCGAGAUAGUUGACUUCCCUAAUGACUUUCGAGUUAUAUUGGUUCAAGUGUUAAUAGCGGACAUGGUGUUCGCGUAUUUGGUGGACCGCGUCUGUCUGUGGCUGUUCGGCGACGCUCGCGUCUCGAACGUGACGUAA